AUUUCCGGCGCAAACUUCCUGGUUCGUCCGGCUUCGGGGGCGGGCGGGUGUGUUUGUUGAUCGCCGAAGAGACCCGCCGCCGCCGCCGCGAUGAACCGCUUCUUCGGGAAGUCGAAGCCGAAGGGGCCGCCCCCCAACCUGACGGAUUGUAUUGGCUCGGUGGAUAGCAGAGCAGAGUCUAUUGACAAGAAAAUCUCGAGGCUUGAUGCCGAACUGGUGAAGUAUAAAGAUCAAAUGAAGAAGAUGAGGGAAGGGCCCGCAAAGAACAUGGUAAAGCAGAAAGCGCUUAGAGUGUUGAAACAGAAGCGAAUGUAUGAAAACCAGCGCGAUAACCUUGCCCAGCAGUCUUUCAAUAUGGAACAAGCCAAUUACACCAUCCAGUCUCUGAAAGACACAAAAACGACGGUUGAAGCUAUGAAACUGGGAGUGAAAGAAAUGAAAAAAGCUUACAAGCACGUAAAAAUCGAUCAGAUUGAGGACUUGCAAGAUCAGCUGGAGGAUAUGAUGGAAGAAGCUGGUGAGGUCCAAGAAGCCCUGGGUCGUAGUUACGGAACCCCAGAGAUCGAUGAAGAUGACUUGGAGGCGGAACUGGAGGCUCUGGGGGAUGAACUUCUAGCUGAUGAGGAUAGUUCCUAUCUGGAUGAAGCAGCAUCUGUCCCCACAAUUCCUGAAGGCAUGCCGACUGAAUCAAAAAACAAGGAUGGCGCGUUGGUGGAUGAAUUUGGAUUGCCGCAGAUUCCUGCCACAUAACUCGUGGCGUCCAUCGGAAAUGCUGAUUUUUCACUUUACUCACUUUUUAACAAAAACACUCGAGGAUCUGGAAAUUGUGACUUUCCACAGUACCGCUCCAUGUCUCCACAUUAUGAAACGUGGAGUAAAUGACAAAGAGAUAAUUCCCCUCCUUUUGAAGACAUUUUACUACUAGAUUUUUUUGUAUUAAUGGCAAGAGGUUGGCAUCCGCUCUUUCCUUUGCUGAGAACCAUCCGGAGUGCUAAAUCUCGGCUAGAUCACUCUUGUAGAAGUUACUGUGUAGAAAUAUUUGGGUCUAUUUAUAGUUUUGAUUUAUAUUCUCUCCAACACAGAAGGGGAUUGCUGUGGUUUUUCUGCCAAGAGCUUCCAUUGUGCUUGCUUUGAUUGUAAUCUUUCUAAGAUGACUAUAAUGUUGUUUGCCAUAACCCUUAAGUAUAACUGUAACAAAUACAUCCAGAGAAGAAUGCCUUGUAUAAUCCACUUUGACAUAAAACGAAUACCAUGUAGAGUAGCUUGAUCCUGUUGUUUGGAACUUUUUUGAACAAUGUGUUCCUUUUAUUUUAAAUACUGCAAUGUCAAUUGUUUAGCAUUAUUGGUCUUGUGCUGUUGAUGAAUGUAGAGUUCUUUCCAAUUCCCCAUAGGAAUGACAUUAUGUUUUUUGGGUUCUCCACUCUCCAAAACACUUUAAGGCAUUUCUUCAUUGUUUGAAGAAUAUAAAGCCCUGCUUAGCAACUUGUUUUUGGGAAUCAGCAUUGAGGAGGCAGGUGGCGGCGGGGGGCAGUCUAAUGUCCCAUUGCCAGCAAUCUCUACCCCACACACAAAAUGCUCUUCAGAAUGGCAGGGAAAUUUAUGUUGAUUAAGGUUUCGAGCUACGUAAGAGCCCUGCUGGUUGAGACUGGUAGUCUACCUAGUUCAGCAUCCUGGUCUCACAGUG